CAAAGAUCGUAAAGCGCCAUCUUUGAUUUCGUCGUCUGAAAACAAGCACAAACUGUAAAUACAAUUUUCGAAAGUUUAAUCCCAAUGAUUGAAAUAUCUGAAGAUAUUGACUUGGCCUAUGCACUCAGGUUGCAAGAGGAACUCGAUCAAGAGCAGGAGAGUGAGAAAUCAAGCCACGAUUUGGCGAGUUCUUCAGCUUUAUCAAGACCAAGCAAACUAGCGGCCGCUCCAGUCUCUGUUGUAGAUGAUUCGUGGGAACUGAUUGAUCCGAUUCCUGAUGUGCGACAGUUAUUCUUGCAGUUUAACGAUGCCUAUUUUAAAGGACUCUUAAGCUCCGUAGAAGUAAGAUGGAGUCCACGGAUGACAUUGUAAGUGUUAUCGUAAAUGAAGCAUCUAGAAAUUUGGCGCCAAAUUCAUUAUUUAUUCGGUCAGUGUAAGACGCAGACUGUGGACUGCGGACUGCGGACUGCGGACCAGGGGUAAAAUGCAGACUGCAGACUGCAGACUGAGACUAAAACGCAGGCGCGGGUAAAAUGCAGACUGAGCAUAAACUGUAGUCGUGGAAGGGUUAAGGGGCAAAAAAAUCGCGCAAAUAAUUAGUAAAGGAACACUUACUUGCUGACAUCUGCUUUCACAAAUCCAUUCCUUUCUUCUCUGGAACAUCGUGGACGACCCGAAAACAUAAUCGCUGAAUCUUGAACUCUUUUUCCGUCCGAGAAACCUCACGCUUGAACUUUAGAUGUGAAGUUUUCGAUACAUGUGACGGUGAAUUGGCACAAUACAACGGUGUUUAUGCUUAAAUAAAAGCUGCUGGCCCAAAAUACUGUACAGAAAGAAUUAUUGCGAUAAAAAAGGGAGUAACAAAGAAAGAUGUUCUGCAGGAAAUUUGCAUGACCUUCUAUGAAAGUAUUGCAAAUCAAGGUAUGUUCAUUGAAACUUCCAGCGAAUGUGCAAUGUACUUCGGCUAGGAAGCGAGGUGUGUAACUGAUACCAGCUAGCUAUUUCACCUGUUUGGAGAAGAAGAAGCACAAAUGUUUAAAAAGUCUACAGUCUUCAUUCUGCAUUUUGCACUCAGCCUGCAUUUUACUCUCAGUCUGCAGUCUGUAUUUUACACUCAGUCUUGAUUUUACCCCUGAUCUGUAGUCUGCAGUCCGCAAUCUGCGUUUUACACUGACCGAUUAUUUAUUUAGAUUUUUUCUGAGAUCAAUUGGAAGCUUCAGAUCGAUUCGUAGCUACCCUCUCAAUUUUCGGCUUAAAUGCAAAAUACCUUGCCACUUUAACGCAACCCUUAAAAAUGGGUGGAUACGCGGAUACUCAGGGGUUGUUUACAUGACAGCAGGGCAACUUUCGCGCCGGUGCAAGUUCACUCGGGUUCCCUCUUAUGGCUCUGUAUUUGUUUACAUGAUACCACCACAAAAUGUCAUGCCAGUGUGAGUCACACCAGCGUGAGUUCAUCCCGAUUGUUGUACAGGAGCAAGAAUUUCACCUCAGUACAAAAUUUUACAACAGUAUCAUGUACACAUGAAACAACCACUCAUUUCGGUGUGAAAUCAGUCUGCAGGUAGACUGGAGUGGGUAGCGCAUGCAUAAUGUUUGUGAUUUUGAAUCACAAUCAUGUGUAUAUUAUCAACAUGAAGUAUACCGUCAUAUAAACAUGAUAUGAAAUGACCCAGUCAUUGUGUAAACAUCAUAAAAAAUCAAGAAGUCAUCCUGGUAUGAAAGUCACACAGGUGCGAGUUUUCUCAUGUAAACACUCCCGUAGUCUCUACGCAUCUCACUAUCUGCGUAUCCGUGUAUCCACUUUGAUAGACACUUAAAAACAGCGUAUAAAGCACAUAGUAUGUCUAUUUGUCAUAAAAGAGAUAACUGCAUAUCCACGUAAUGUAGCAACCUUAAAAUUUUGUCGUGGAAGGGGUGGAGCCCCUGUAGGGGUUGGGAGGGGGGGUACUCAAGGAAGGAAACUGCAUAGCCUGUUUAAGACUGUAGACCGGAAAACUAUACCCUGAUGGAGAAGUACAUACCUGCCAAAGAAGCGGUAAUUAAGGGAGUGCGUGACUGAGAGGAUCAGGGGUGGGGGUGGGUGGAGGAGCAAAGUAUAGCAGAAUUCAGGGCAAAUCUCAUAAGUUACCAGUCAACACAGCCUGACCAUCACCCACCCACCAACAGCCCACUCAUGUAUGCCUGUCUUUUAAAGGCUUUUGAUACAAUUCCGUAAUAUAAUGAUAUCAUAUCAGGAAACCGAUAUGAUAUGUCUGUCAUAUCAUAUAUAAUGAUUGGUAAUGAUAAGAUAUGAUAUGAUAUAUCAUAUAUAAUGACAUGAUAUAACAUGUUUCAUUUUGUUUUGUACUUUGCUCUGUUGAGGUAACAUUCAUUUCAGCACUGGAACAAUCCACAUUCAUUACUAGAUUUCAUUUAUUGAAGAGUAGAGCAUCUAGCACCUCUUCUUAAAUGUAUCUUCUUAUAUUCUGUCAGGUGUGCUGGAUUGUGUUGUUAUGAGGGUCGUGGAGGUUUGUGUUCUAUUCGACUCAGUGAACCUUUGCUAAAGCUUCGUCCAAGAAGAGACCUUGUACAGACAUUACUGGUAAGGUGCCUUCCAUGAUUUCUGAACAAAUACACAAAGAAAUGUUCAUUUUUAAUACUUCAUCACCAAUCAGCAUUUAACAAAGGAUAGCAUUGCCUUCUAGUCUUGAAUAUUUAACCCUCCUCUAACCCUUAAAAGUCCCUGUGGAACUGGACCUACAAAUUCUCCAGACUGUUCAAUGUUCUCCAUACAUUUCCUUAAAAGCAUUUUCCCUUAAGUGAUCAUUUUAUUAUUUCUCUAAACCUUUUCUCUUGACGAAAACCUAUCAAUAUUUGCUCUGUUAGGAGAAAAUUGGUGUUGGUCGCUCUUGGGACUUAAAGGGUCAAUCCUUAUAAUUAUUUGUGCAUCUGCAUAGAACAAGUUGAUAAAAAUGUAUCAUCAAGUACUAUUUUUUCUGUUAUUUUUAUUUUAGCAUGAGAUGAUCCACGCAUUGUUGUUUGUGACCCAAAAUAACAAGGCAAGUCAUGAAAAUUAACUCUACUUUAUCUCCUUAUUACUAUUGGGUUUGACAAAUUUUGUUCCCUCUUUAAUACUCGUCAAAUAAAUAAUUAUAACAACAAUAAUAAAUUAUUUCACUGGUGGAGAUAUGCUGGUCCAUGUUGUUCAAUGUAGGCGGCAUUGUCUAGUUAGACAUAGGUGGUGGUUAGCAUUUACACAGAUAUCUUAGUUUGAAAUAUUUUAUUGAGCCUGGUUCCUCAAAAGAUAGUUAAGGUUAAGCUGGAUUAAGACAAGUUUUAAGCAAAGUUUUCUUGUUUGGGAACAUGUAACCAGGGAUGUAGAUAAGAGACAGCUACUAGUGAAUUUCACCAGCUGAGUAAGAGCUUACUAACGGCUCAGAUUGGUCGGGGAAACAAAUAUUUUUGGUAAUUUUGAAGGUGAAGUGAAGAAAAAGUGGCUUGACUUAUGAAUAAGCCUGCGUAGCUUUUCAUUAGCUACAUCCCUGUGGAACUGGAGCUAAGAAAAUCAGUUAAAGCCUUCACUGUCAAACACAUUUAUGAUAACACAAAAAUGAUACUUAAAUAGUCUAUUUGAAGGUAAAUAUAAUUUUUAUUUUUGGUGAAUUAAAAUUCAAAUCCUGGAUUGGAUUGCACAAAUCAGCAUUUCAGGAAAGCCACCUUCUCACAAACUUGCUACUAUCUACAUACCCCUUCUCUAAGUCACAAUUUUGCCGUAAGUGAGAAGUAAGUGGGAGGGGUAGGUGGUCAUUAAUUGAUCCCCUACAGAUCUCCAAAAAGAGAGGUAUGUUAUCAGGGGUAACCAGGUGUUGUUUGAGCAUAAUUCUAAGUCAUCUUUCAAUCUUUCAGGAUCAUGAUGCCCAUGGACCAGAAUUUCUUAAGCACAUGCAGAGAAUAAAUGCAGAAAGUGGUGCAAAAAUUACUGUAAGUAUGCAAUGAAGACUGUUUUCCCUCGGGAUGAAAUCAUUUGCAGCAGACACUUAUAGCCAUCCAAUUUGCAUGAUAGAAAUUUUUAUUGUUUUCAAUCCUAAAAGUAGUGAGAAACGCCAAUGCCCAAAUGUGACAGCUAUAUGUGCAUGCUACCAAUGAGAUCACCCUAAACAAUAUCUGGUAUCCAUUAAUUUAUUGAUCACCAGGAUUGCUGAAAAAAACCUCCAGGAUUACAGCAAUUCUGUGGAAACAAAUUUUCAUUAAGUGAUUGUCGUGAUUGUUGCAAGAGGGAUCACCAAGAUAAUAUUCAGUUCAGUCUUAAGGCUGGUUUCUGUAUAAUGUGAAUGUUCCUUUUCCAGUACCUACAUUGUAAAUGUCUCUUUAUUUACAAACUGUCAAGCUCAGCUAAGGUUACGGUUUAUUUUUGUGGACAUUUUUCAUCGGUGAACCUGCCACUGCACCUCAGUAAAUAGUCUGAAAAUGUUUUUUUUUUAAUUGUGCUCUGCAGGUUUAUCACAACUUUCAUGAUGAGGUGAGUUGUGGUGCUAUCUUUAUUAAUAGGGACUUCCAUACAACCCAAAGCGAUUCUUGUAGUGCAGUUUUAGUACCAUUUAUGACAUCAUACAUGUUUUUAGAGUAAAUGCCCCUGAUAAACAACCAAUAAACAAAGACAGAAGAAAGAGUUGUGGGUUAUCGGUUUUUUUUUUAAUCUUUGGCAUAAAAAAAAACUAUUUCAAGGCUGUGCCGUAAGGAAAAUUGAAGGCAACCUUGUAAAAUCCAGGGUGCCCAGCAUAUGAUUUGAAUGAAAAAAAUAAGAUUUCUAGUCAUCCAAGAGCAAAAGUUGGGUGCCAGGAACCACUGGCCUCUGCUAGAGCACAGCCCCACAUUUAGUAAAAUUUCCCAUUGUCUCAAAUUAAACCCAACAGCAUAUUAUAACAUACCUAAUCUAAAGAGUGAGACAAAUUUUCAGAGAAUACUAAGUUUGACAGCCCUUUUUACUUAAUUCAGGUGGCUUGGAGUAAUAUGCCAUACAAAAGACAGUCACCAUUCUUGGUUAGAAAUGUUUCUUUCAUGAAAAUAUUUUUUUUAUUCAUUUUACUAAAUGAAGUUUAAGAUAAGAAGAGAGAGUCAUCGCUCUAACUUCUGCCACCCGGUCAGCUUAAUUGGAUAAGUGCCGGUCUGCUGAGCGGGAGGUCACAGGCUCAAACCUUGGCCAGACCAACACUCAGGGUCUUAAAAUAAAUGAGGAGAAUGUGCUGCUUUUGUUGUGACAUCUACAAAGGGUUAUACAUUCUAGUCUUCUCAGAUAAGGACAAAAAAACCACAGGUGCUGUCUCAUAGCUCUUUCACUGUUCUGAUUACUGUGGGACAUAAAAAAACCCACAGUGAUGUUGGUAAAGAGUAGGGGGCAUAGGCACUGAUGGUGUAGUACAACCUUUCAUGGGCCGGGUGGGUAAUGAAGGGGCUGAUUUCAAUAUUGGGAUGUAAGUCCUGUUUCAUCCCUGUCACUGUGUUGACUCACCGUGGCAAAUUCAAUAAAGGAAUUCCGAAUCUGUGGAUGAAAUCAUACAGUGAUACCAUUGAAAUAAAACCUCUUUGGCUGAACAUUUGCAUAGUACUAUUUUUUUGUUAGGAUUGUUCAAAAAGAAAUGUGGAUUUUUAUGUCUGGAUUUCCUCUUUGGACACUGUUUUGAGUGAAAGGCUUAAUGUCUUUCUUUUAUCUGAUUCUUAAGGUCAAUGUUUAUCGUCAACACUGGUGGAAGUGCGAUGGUCCAUGCAGCAAGAGACCACCUUAUUAUGGGAUGGUCAAAAGAGCCAUGAACCGAGCACCUUCUGCAAGAGACCCCUGGUGGGCAGACCAUCAAAGAACGUGCGGUGGGACCUACACAAAGAUUAAAGAGCCUGAAAAUUAUGGUGCAAAAAAGACUAAAUCAAAAGAGGGGAAAGGAAAAAAAGACUUAAAAACAGCAUCAGCUAAGGGCAAAGGAGAAGGGAGUGAGUCUGGUGCAUUAGAAAAGUUUUUGAAACGAAAGAAAUCUGAUACUGACAAUGGUGGUAGUGACUCAGACAAAAGCUGUGAAAAUGGAAUUAAGAGAAAGAAAGGGCCAUCAGAGGAAGGUGCUAAAGCUUCAUCAAUUAAUGGUGGAGUAGUAAAACCGAAUCACAAUCAACCAGGAACGUCCAGGUGGACUGCUGACGUAAUACCAUUUUCUGGUCCUGGUAGGACCUUAGGUUCCAACUCCACAGAACAUAAGUCACUUUCGCAGGACUCUGGAAGAUCUCUUGUUGAAAAAGCCAGUGAGACUACUAAGUCAUCUGUUGUUGUUAUCAAAACUCCUUCUCCAAAUAAAUCCAAGAAAAUUCCAUCGCCAACUCUCACUAUCGUGGAUGCUUUUCAAAGAGCUAAGGACAAAAGUAAGAAUGGCAACAGUGAAAGUGACUCUUUAAGAAGCCCUCUAUUAGGAUCUCAGAGAAAGCCUAUCGAGCUGGAUAGUUCUCCAAGCCCAAGCACAGGUACCCCAGGCAGUGUUCACUGCCCUGCAUGUCAAGCUUUAGUUUUGCAAUCCAAAAUCAAUGAUCAUCUUGACUCCUGUUUAAAUUGA